AAUGGGUGUUUUUGGAUUUUCCCCAGAAAAGAAUAGGGGUUCGUCUCCGCCGGCCUACCGGUCGCUGCAAUGGAGUGCGCGGCGAAGGGGCUGGCUGCGGAGCCGUGCGCCGGCGGCAGCGCUCACCGGCGGUGCGGCAGCUGCGGGGCCGUCGCCUACUGCUCCCCUGCACACCAGAUUAUACAUUGGAGAGUUCACAAAGAAGAAUGUGAGAGGCUUGCAAAACAAAUGAGCCGCAUCGAUAUGCUAAGCCAAUUUCCAUUUACAUUCUCUGUGGAACCUCCUGCUCAGAACCAUACAUUCCCAAGUACAAGGUGCUCCUUUUUGCAAUCAAUCAAACUUCACCAAAAAGGACUCUGGAAAUCAGAAUGCAUAUGUGGCCCAGAGGUUGCUUCUUUGAAGGACAUAAGCAUUGCAGCUGAAUGGAAGUUGCAAAGCUCCCUCUGCCCAUGUACAGAGCCUGAGAAUCCUGUUCCCACAACCCUGGCAAGUUGGGAAGACUACUAUCAGUGGAGAUCCCUUCCUUUUCAUUCACCUGUUGCAGUUUUACUUCAUUGGCCGCUUACUCUAUAUCAUUGCCUUCAACUAUCUCACUUCCAAACCUCAAGAUAUGAUGGCCAGGACACCUUGUGCAUUCACUAUUUAGGACCUGAGAAAGAGCUACUUCAGCUUGCGGUGUUUGGGGAACUACGUGCACUAUUUCCGGGUGUCCAGAUUCACAUUGAACUUGUGGGGCCAGCAGUUCCAAAAUCUAGGGAUGGCGAGGUUGUAAACAUAUCCAAAUAUGCACAUUGUUCAGAUGAGAACUGCUGUUGUAAAUCUUCUACUGGUUCUGAAGAUUUGAGUUGCAGUGCAGUGACACUCAAACUGUGGAAAGGGUUCUAUCAUGAGAGAUUCAGGGAUAUAAUGAAGGAUUCAAAUCCUCAUCUUAUCGUUGCCCCAAAUGCUGGUGUGGCUGCAUAUCCUAGUUGGAUGCCGACUAUUGAAAUAAUUAGCGGGACUGGGAUUCCUGCAAUUUUUACGGACUUUUGUGAAGAAGCUGCACAUCUAGCAUCCUGCUGCAUAAGCCUCAUAACUGGUCAACCCCUCAAAGUCCCAAUCCAGGCAAACCCUUUCAGGCAGCCGAUUGCAGUGGAUAACAAUGCACUAUACCUACCAUGCUACUCUAAUUGCUUUGUUUUUGGGAUGUAGAAUUGUCACUUUGUAUCACCAUGAAAUAUCCAGACCUUCAUUGCUGAGAAGUAGUAAUGUAACUUUUCAAAGAAGACAAGGAUACCAUGAAAUUAAUAAAUUUUCCAUGGAUGAAAUUA